AUGGCAAAUUCGCGUUGCCUGAUCGGCGGCGCCGUCAUCGUCGGAUUGGUGUUGGCGAUCGUCGGAAUCCUGUGCAUCAUCGGAUUCCCAAUCGACAGUCUCGUCAGAAAGCAAAUACUCGAAAACGACUAUCUUGGCUACACAACCGACGAGAAUGGCACCGAGAUUCUAACCAAUAUGACGGCAACUUGGCUAAAACCCCAAUACAAAAUGCAAUUGAACAUUUGGAUGUUCAACGUGACGAAUGUUGACGACGUGCUUCAUCGUCACGCGAAGCCCAACCUCCAAGAGAUCGGACCAUUCGUCUUCGAUGAAAAACAGGAGAAGGUUUACCACAAAUUCGCCGCCAACGACACCCGAGUGUUCUACAAAAACCAAAAAUUAUAUUUCUUCAACAAAAAUGCCUCGUGCGAAGCUUGCCAUUUAAAUAUUAAUGUUACCAUUCCAAAUGUAGUAUUUCAGAAACUCGUUGAUGCCGCUGAAGACACAAUUUUUGGAAUUCGUAUCAGAUUUGCUAUCGAGUCAAUUUUAAAACUUGUCAAGGAGGGACCAUUCAUCACAGUAUCUGUGAAUGACGCCCUCUUCAACGGAUACCAUGAUCCGAUCGUUGACUUGGUCUGUAAGAAUCAAAUCCUCAGCAUCUUAUGCACUUCAAACAUCAUCACAAAGAGAGUUGGCUUCUUCUAUGGACAAAACGGAACAACCGAUGGAACAUAUGAAGUUGAUACCGGAAAACCUUCACCAUUCAAUAUUGGAAAGGUAUACUCAUGGAACAACAUGUCAAUGAUGCCUGAGGAUGUUUGGGACUCGCCGUAUGCGAGAAUGAUCAAUGGUAGCGAUGGACAGGUUUUCUCGCCGAUGUUGCAAAGGGAGAAGCGGCUCUCCGUAUUUGUUUCGCAGUUGUGCAGAUCGAUUCAAUUGGAAUAUGUAAAGGAUGUUGCUGUUGCCGGCGUCCCAUCGUGGAGAUACACGGCACCAUCGGAUCUCUAUGAUCCGGCAAUUCCAGCGAAUCGCGAUUUCUGCAAUAAGCAUGGAACUCCAAGAUAUUUUGAUAACACUACUAUUCAAAUAGAAAACUGCCUUCCUGCUGGAAUUAUCGAUUUGAGCCGUUGUCAAGCCGGCUCGCCACGCGUUUACCUCAGCCAACCGCAUUUCUACAAAUCGCCGAAAGAGCUGUGGCAUGCUGUUAGCGGUCUGGCGGUUCCAAGUGACGCCAAUGAUAACACCUAUGUGGACUUGGAGCCGAACGCGGGAGUUCCGACGCAGGCGAAGCGAACGGUGCAGAUAAAUGUGGGAAUGGUGAAGGGAAGCUUGAGCAUAACGGAAAACACGACGAAUGUCAUCGUUCCGGUACUUUGGAUGAAUGAAACGGCGUUUUUCGAUGAUGGCACUAGAGAGCAGCUCUCUUCGAUUUUCGGCGUCAAGCAUUAUUCGUUUAUCGGCGGUGUUGCGAGCCUUCUUGUUGGCGUGCUCACCUGGCUCGCCGUGUUUGUUGUGAUUAUCGCAUUCUCGCGACAAGAACCCGAUGAGUAUGGAAGAUUGAUAUUUGAAGAUGACGAUGGCGAAGAAGGUCAACAGAAUUUGAAUGACGAGCUUGUUCAGCCAGCUUCUGAGAUUUCUGCACAAUAA